UCUCUUAUAUCAUAUUUUUAUAAAUGAUAUUUUUAGAACUGGCAACAUGAGGGAAGAAGAAUUAAAAUAUCUUCUUUACCUUCUUGAUGAUUUAAAUGAAACUGUUUUUGAAGAAAUUUUACAAAUCUUCAAUGAUGCUGAAGAAUUGAAACCUUGCAAAGACUUAUCAUACGAAACAACUGAAUUCUUUAAAAGAAACCUUAGAAGUAAUCCUGUAACCACAUCAGAGAUUCUCAAAUAUAUACAAGAACAAAAAUGUGAAAAUAAUUCAAAUAUAGAUAAAAUACAAGCAUUAUAUUUAGAUGUUUUAAAACAUGAAUUAACAAUUUACAAUAAUACAGAUAGAUUAGUCACCUUAUUGUCAUUGGUAAGGUUAAGUGACAAAUUCUUGCCUCAAUUCAUAAAUGAAGUACUCAAACCUCUAUCAGAAGAACCACUAAGACAAUACAGAAAGCAAAUUUUGCUCAGUCUCAUACCCCAAGAUAGACCUGAAAUUUUAAGAACAAUUUCGGAGUUUAUGCAUAAAAAUGAGCCACAGAAGGAAUUUAAAUUGACACCAGAAUAUAUGCUUGAAUUAUGCUAUCAAGAUAAAACACACUGGUUGCUAAAAGCAGCCGAAAUAUACAAAGAGCAAUUGCACGAUAUGAAAAAUGUUACAUUCAAAAUAAACAAUUUCACUAAACAGAUUAUUAUCAUGGUGCUUAUUGACCUCACUAAUUGUCCUGAAAGCUAUGAUUUACCAUCUCUAGUCCACCAAUUAACUAAUAUAUUUUCAAUCCUAGAAGCGUAUACAACAACAGACAACCAGUUACAAUUUUAUAUAACUGAAAUUAAAAGAGAAUUAACGGUCAUUAAAUUUUGUCUAGAGAACAAUUGCAAAAUUAUGACCACAUCUAUUUUAAGUCAGGUCUUAACACAAAGCGCUUUAACUGUUAUAUCCCAGGUGUGCAGGCUCUCCAAAAUAGAUAGGUAUAAAGUAUCAAGACUGUUAAAUACAAACAACGACUUUAUAACAGAGCUAGUGACAUUGAGUGAUAAAACAAUUAUGAAAAGCCAAAAACCAUUUAGCGCUAACUGGGACACAUCAACAUAUAACAGUUACUGUGCAAUCACGAAAGUAAUAGACACUAUAUUAAAUUCUACUGAAGGAAUAGAAAAUACUCAAGACAUGAAUGUGUCUUUAGAAGAUAUCAAACGUCUAAUUCUAUCGAUCCAACCUCUGCAUUACUGCAUUGAAGUAAUAGAGACAAUCUAUUCUUGUUUAUUUCUUCGCUACGAAUAUUUCUCGUGCUACGAACACACGCAAGAUUUACCUUGCGGAACACAUUCUGAAUGCUCCUACUUUUAUUCAAAAAAACAAAACAAGCAAUCAAAAACAUUCAAUAGCUCAAGUACUGGAUUCAUGUGUAACUCGUUUACAACUCAAGUUAUUUUGAACACGUUAAAAAUCUGCCUAGAGACAUUAGCUGAGAGAAAAGAGAAUAAGUAUGAGGAUGUUGCUCCAAAUAUAUCAGCGAGGUUUCAAAAAAUGAUUCAAGUGGCAAAUCAUUCGAUAUGGAAGUUGCAACUGGUAUCGACUCUCUCUCCCGACACUAGUCCGUUGCAAUUAAGACUGUGCUUAGACUAUGUAGAGGUAGACCACAGCAGUGAUGAUGAAGAUCGGGAAUUGGAAAUAAAGGCAACGAGAAGAAAGCCAAAAGUUAGAAGACGACACACUAAUCCCAGACCGGACGCAGAGCACGCUCUACUCGCGUCUACUCUCUCAGCGACGGAUGACGCAUAUGUCACGAAGGAAAAUAGCAUUGACUUCAUAUCUAUAAUGUUGGCUAAACCCAAUUGCUUAGUGGCGCUUGCACUUUAUCAUAACGACUUUCCAAAGGCGAAUCAAAUUCUAGAGAUGUUCGAUUUGGCUGAUUCAGAAAUUGCAACAGAAGUACAAUUCACGGAGCAAUUACGACAUCUGGUAGCAAAAAUUAAAAACAUAAUUUGCUACAGAGAUAACAUACGAUAUCCGUCUAAAGAACUGUCUGCGUUGUCUGUCGUAUCUACAGAAGUGAUGGGUCUCGUGGAAGGAUUUCUUUCAUCGAAUCGAGCGCCUAAUUCCUUCGACAUUAUGGAACUGGGUGCACGUCAUCCACACCUACAACUGUACAAUCACCAGAACGCACCUUUCAUAAAUGCUGUAGAUAUAUUGCUGAGUAGCGGACUCAACAGAGAAAUUACCUACGGCCUUAUCAAUGUAGUCGAAAGAAAACUGGCCGAAGUUAGAUGCAGCACCGAUGUCUCUGCCGUGAAGAAAACUAACUACAUUCGUUUCGUCGAGGAUGUUGCCAGUGUUACUUUCGAAAUAUUCGGCAACACUGAAAAGUCAUUCGAUUUCGUCGACAACAUCUGCGGAUUGAUCACCGACUGUCGGAUACCCAUCAAACAUAAGGAAUUCUGCAAAUUGAAUCAACUAUCGAAGGAAUUACGGCAAUCAUGUCAGGAUCUUGACGAUGUUGUCAAUCCGAAUCGAGGAUCAUACGACGAGAAUCUAUUACAGAAAUAUCAUCAAAUAUACAUGAAUGUCGUUGCCGCUUCAGACAAAGACAUAUGCAAUAUCGCUGAGGUAUCCCACAAUGGGAACAAAAAGACGAGAGUUCAUUAUCUGAGAAUGUGUUACAUGUACACAAAAUCCGUCUCACAGUUGGAGCAGGAAGAUAACCGCUCGACGGACUCCGGCGCAGACGCUCCUUACUUCUUCAUUUUGGAGCGACAUCUACACGACAUUUUCGGAAACAUGAUCAACAACAAAGAUAUUCCUGUCACAUAUUUGGAACCGAUUUGUAAAAAGUUGAACGUCAAUCUCAUACCAAAGCUUAUAUUAAACUUUUGUCCCUCAAUUACGUUAGUGGGACCCCACAAAGAGGCUACCGAAGAGAAUUUUAACAAUUUACUACAAGUCGUAUACGACUUUAAGAACCCUGAGGAGAAUCUAUUUCUGGAGCCAACAGCAAACUUUGCUCCACUACCGAGGUCACCUGACACACAAUGUCUCACAUACAUUGUGUUACAUAAUUGGGUGCUAGCACAUAUCAUAAAGAAAAUUCAUACAUCUCUAAAUGAGAGCAGCAUGCAACAGAGUAUGGACGCUCGAACUAAAUGCUUGAACAAAUACAUGGAUCUAGGAAGAUUUGAUCGCACGAAAGUAUUAUUCGAUGGUAACAAAUAUUUGGCAUCACUUCAUACGACUAUUGAUUUGGACAAACUAUUUUUGUUCAUGCCUAGAUUGUUAGAAUCGGGUAAAAUCCUCCAAUGUUUGAAGAUUAUUGACUCACUAUCCGAAAGGCAAUUAAUGUGCAGUCCAAAUUUACUCAAUCUAAGAGAUUUGAUUCUAUUCAAAUUAGCGACGAAUCCCAAAAUGAGCAAUAACUGGAAGCAUUGCCAGCAUUUGAAAUGUCCCGAACUGAAGUUAGAUUUGAUUCUCAACAACUUGAACAGUUGGCCUGCAGAGGGCGCUACGGAAGUACUGGAUUAUUUGAGAUUCAUUUUAGAUCCUAUCGCAGUUGAGGAAGGUUUGUAUGAGAAAUGCAGCGACUGGAUUGUGAAAAUACCUUUAUACGAACAGAUAGCAACAAUCAUGGGAGUUGGCCACUGGUAUAAUAUAUAUGAGAUGUCCAUACAAAAUCCUGAAACAAUAAUCGACAUAUUAGUGGACAGCCAACAGUUCAAGCUAUGUUUAGAAUGGGCGGAUGUUCACGAUGUAUCAGAAAACAUGAAGAAUUUGAUCAUAGUGAAUCUUUUGCGACAACUCUUCGAAUACACGAAUCAAGCCACGCCCGAUAUGAUACGAGAACUACUUACACGUCUCUGUCCCUCACAAGCCACAGACCUUAUAAAAGAAGAGAUGGCCAAAGUACGCAACGUUGAUAUACUUCAAGUAUGCGUCGACUACAUUUCAGAAAAUUCCUACGACUGGAAAUCCUUCGAAAACAUUAAAGUCGGUUUACAAAUUAUGCUCGGGAUAAAUCCGAAUUUGAGAAACGCGUUCUGGGAACUAAUAGAAAAUCCUCUAUUGAUGAUCGAACAGUUUCUAAUGAAUGGAAAAUUAGAAAUCCUAACUGAUGUCAUAAAUAAAAUAGCACCGAAUCUAAAGAAAGAUCCGAGCGGUGAUAACCUUUAUUAUAAUAUAAAAUGUAUUGAGACAUUGGUGAUAUCUCGGAAUGCUGUCGAUGCGCUCCUGCGGUAUUACGCUGAGAAAGCAUUAGAUAUGAGGAAUCCUAGAACCGUAUCGCCUUCACCGUUGAAGCCGUGGGACGAUUCACUUCUGCAGUCUAUAGAUUCGAUAAACCUGGAGGCAGCGUCUCGUCCGUUCCUGAUGCCGGAGCAGGUGCCCAGCAAGGAGCAGUGGGUGGAGGAUCACACGACGGACCGCUGUAUGAUGUGCAAGAUCUCUAUCUUCUCUAUGAUCAUACGCAGACAUCACUGUCGCCGCUGUGGACGUCUCGUCUGCCACGCCUGCUCCAGACACCGCAUGCACGUCCCAACAUACCCCAGUGGUGUGAAGUUCCGUGUGUGCGACGACUGUUAUACACAAACGAUGAACCGGCGGCCGAACACCGACCAGGAUAACUUGAUCCUCAGCAGCCACUCGGACUCCGCGGGCAGCGCGGUCACCUGCAUGGACUGGUGCCUCUCCACCAGCGCGGAGAAGAACGAAGCCGUCCGCACUGAAUUUAGCUACGAGUUCACGCCAAAUGUUACCCUUUGUCUCACCAUUAUGAAGAUGCAUUCACCUAAUUUGGAUUAUCCUAGAUUCUUAUUGGACCGGAGCGAUGAGGUGGCUCGUGAGCUAACAAAGGGUGGGGACGCGCGCCUUCUUGUGCAAGCGAGACGCUCCCUGCUGCUCGCAGCCGCGGAACUGUACUCGCGCACGCCGCAAGAGAAAGCUGGUGGGUCUCGAGUGUCGGAGGCGGGCGCAGCGCACGCGGCUCGCUGUCUGGCGCACGCGGACGCCAUCGCCACUCUCGUGCGUCACCAGGCUCAUCACCUCAUGCCGCACCACCACGCACAUCCCAGAGCCUCCGGUCAAAUAGUCCGAUCACUUUUGGAAGCUGAAAAAUGGGAACUGGCUUUAGAAAUAGCGACAAAGUCAGGUCUUCCUAGAAACAGCGUACUCGCCGCGUGGGGUAAAGCGUGUCUUAAAGCCGGUUGUUUCAAAGAAGCCCGUAAGAAAUUCGCACAUUGCUUCAAAAACACUUUCAAUGUACCAAUAGACGAAGACUUCGAGUAUGGGAAAGAAGCUUCGGAGACACAAUUUGUGAACAAACGUGUGACUACAAUGAGAAUGUUAGAUAGAACAGGGUCAAUGUCUAGUAUACAAUCUGAAGGAAGAUCUGAAGGAAGGUCCCGCACUAAUCCGCCAUUACUUAACGAAAUUAUAAACAUACUAGAAGAUAUGAAUUAUCCUGUCAAUCAACAGCUGUUAAAUAAAGCUGAAACUAUUAAGAACACAAACGCAAAACUAGCAACAAUGAAUACGAGUAGAAAGAAAAUACCUAUCACUGAACCCGCUUUAAAUAUAAUGCACACAUUAGCAAGCGUAAAGAAAAUAAAACAAGGUGAUUACAGUGACUUCCAAACAGCUACACUACCGGCUAAGAAAUCACUAGCUCAAGGUCUUUUGAGACGAAAUAAUAAUCACCAAGAACCUAAAAUCGAUCACCAAUAUAAAAGACUAGAUCCAUUCUUCUACAAAGAAUGUGUAUACUACCUCACAAACUACGGUUCUCAUGUCGCAAACAUAAUUUUCUAUAUGAAACAUAGCGAUAUGGCCGAAGUUAUGAGAUAUUGUUACGAUAAUAUGGUCGACAAAGAAACAUUUACGGAAGCAGUGUAUAUGGAGUGCCUUAAAAAAGAUAAAGUCAAUGAAAUGCUGAAAGCCAUGGGCGAUAUGGACAGUACGUUGGAAAUGUGGGCUGAGUACAUAAUGCACAUCUGCCGCACAUUAGAAAGUAGCAAGCGUAUAGAGGCGCUGUACUCGCUGCAGUGCGGCACGGGGCAGCACGCGCGCGCCGCGGCCACGUGCGCGUUGUUGUACGCGCGUCGCACGCCGCGUGCCGCGCCCGCUGCCACACUGCUCGCGCGCCACCACCACCUCGCCAACGCGCUACACCAUCUCUCACAGUGUGUGCCCACCGCUACCAAGAUAAAUGAUCCGAAAUCGCUGCAGUUCAACCUUGACAAAGCGACCAUAGAUAAUCUUAUGACUACUAUAACGAGACAGAUGGAACUGAGCAAGUAUCUGGCCGCUUGUGAAGCGAGCAAUAGAUUAAACGAGAAAGUGUUCACAGAAGUGAUACCGAUGCAGAGUGCACAAACGAGUAAUACGACUGACUUCAGACCUCUCACUCUAUUCGGAUCCAAUACAGAUAAAAUAAGACUCGUCGCCAUAGUACUGGCCACAGGACCGACGAUCGAAAGCGGAUUCGAUUUGGCGUUCAAGAUUAUCACAGAACAUAAAUUGGAUUCUAUGAACAUAUACACUCACGUGGCCAAAUAUUUAGUGAACACAGACAGAUUUAUGGAAGUCAAGACAUUAGCUAAAUGUAUAAGAAAUUCCAAAGAGACUGCAGCCAACUUGAUGAGUGAUCAGGUGUUGGAGUGGGGGGUAGGUGCUGUGGUGGCGCGGUGUGAGGCGCGCGGUCAGCUGCACGACGAGCAGGCAGAGCUGCUGAUCGCGGACGUACACAGCGUACCUAUAAAGAUAUCAUGCUACUUGACGUGUCGCAACGUGAGCAGCGCGUACAUCCUGGCAGCUAGACAUGAGCGCACCAGCGAGCUGCGCCGCGUACUGCAGGAGGCGGAGAGGCUCGGCAACGACCACGUGCGCAACGCAUGCCUCAAGCGACUAACCAACAAGAAUCUAUUGCACUAGGACAGAUAAGGGGGGUGUAGGGAGGGGCAGCUACCUUUGAAAAUAGAAAAAUGUCAACUAGAUAUGAAAAACUACUUCAAAUAAAACCAUAAUAAUGGUAGCUGUCCACCUUUCUCCUAGAACUAGCCUAGAUCAUCGUCUGGCAACACCCACGAGUGGAAACUGGUCUCAAAUGCCAACGAUUCAAUAUUGUUUGUAGACACAAUAGUUUCGAAGAUUUACGUUGCCUAGGAAUGGGCUUAAGGUGACAAUUUGCUGCACGAUAGUCGAUCAUAAGCAGGAAGGGAAUUUUUUUCUUUGACUGUUCAUUUAUCCGACGUUCUGCUGGUGAAGGAAAACAUCGUGUUGCAAUCUGCACAGAGAAAUUGUAAGAUGUGUGCGAAGUUAAGUCAACUGACGCGCACUGGGCCAUUGACUCCUAUUACUUCUUUUGAGCCCCUCAAUUAUAACAUAAAUAUAUGAGUUAAGAUUUGAUUUGAAAUUUUGAAUUUUGCUCAACUAUGCCAACAUUAAAUUUUUGUCCCAAACUUAUCCUAAAGGAGCUUAUAUUUAAAAUUUUCCUUAUUUAGUUCCAAUUUUUCAAUGGCUGCUUAGAUACAUGUGAUUUUUAUACAAGAAAAGGUGGUCAAAGAAUAAUCCG